GGUAAAAAUUUUCGAAAAUAGCCAAAGUAUACUGUGAAUUACAUCAGCUGUCAUAGCCUUUUUUGUGAAUGCACUACUUAUAACUUUAUAAAGAAGAAGAAAGGAAAACGCUUGAUUUUAUUAUUUAUAUACAAAAAAAAAAUUUGUGAAAUGAUAUUUUGUUUUAUAGUUUAAGAAUGAAUUCCAACGAUGUCCAGAUCAUAGAUGACUUUUCUGAUAUUGAACCCUCUUCAAGUACACAACUCGUAGAAGGCGAUAGUCAAUGCGGCUUAAUUUUCUUCAGUGAAUCGACGAGGGUCUUAAAAUUUUUUUGCACUUACUGUGAAAAAGUUAGUGAAAAUAUUAACUAUUUCUGCCAACAUUUAAGUGAACAUAUAACCGACGAUGAUAAGGAGAGCGCACAGGAAGAAGUUUGCGGUAGUGCAUCGGAUGAGGGUAUUGCUGGCGCACCAAUUGAAGAUACGGUAGUUUACGAAGGUGAUCCAAACCAGUCUCUACUUCCCUGUGAUUUGGCCGGUUUUGAUGAGUCCAAAAUGGUUGUGGAAGAAUUGGACGAGGCUGAGGAAAUAGCGGCAGAAGUGGAAGAUGAAAUGCGUCAAGAAUUUGAAGGUGAUAAUAUAUAUCGCAUUAAUGGAAAUAGUUGCGCUGACGAUUUCUUUAAUUAUACACUAACUGGUAAUUGUGCUCCAAAAAAUCAGCCUGCAUUGCAGUGCAGUGAAAAAAAAGUAAUGUUAACAAAAAAUUUUAAAAAGUCGACAGAUAAGCUUAAUAUGUCGCAAUUUAAAAAUGUUAGCAAAAAGAAAAGAAUUACAACUGUAAAAGUUAUUGCCUUAAAGAAUAGAGUAGCAGAGCUAUAUGAACGUAUUAAACUCGAGGAGGAACGCCGUUCGCGUAUAUGCAGCACAUCUACUGAGUCAAAUGAUACCCCUAGUGCAGAGCUGGAGAACGAAUUAGACUUGAAAAAUGAAAACGUGACUUUAGAGAAAGAACCUGUACAAAAAAUUAUUGGCGAAACAGUUAUAACUCUUUUGCCACAAACCCAUUUGCAAGCUGAGCUUACCAAAAACAAUGAUAGCUUAUCUCCUUUGAUAAGUUGCAAAAAUAAAUCUGAUGGUGCUGGGGACAAAACUACUUGCCCAGCAUGCGGUAGAAAAUUUCGGAGUGCCUUCAGCCUUACUAUACACAAGCGUACGCAUUACUUGGAGUCGGACAGUAAUGUAAAGUUGGCGCACAAAUGUUCGGACUGUGAUCAAUUAUUUAAUAAAAUACCUGAUUUAAAGGAGCACAUACAACAAGUGCACUAUCCCGAGGGAUUUAUUUGCAAAAUAUGUAAUAGAAAACUUACUAGCCUCACACUACUCGAGACACACAUGAGAAAAGUGCAUCUUUCAAGACCUUUUAAUUGUGACAUUUGCAAAAAGAACUUCGAUACGCGGGACCGUUUCGAAGAACACGUCAAAGCUCAUGUAUCAGGCCAGCCAUAUCGUUGUCAUAUAUGCGGUCGUAAAUACAGCACCGAGUGCAUCCUUAAGCAGCAUCUACGUAGACACAAGGAACAAGUGCCACAGUGCUGUGUUGUUUGCGGCAAGAUGACCCUACGUAUAACGCAACAUAUGAAAAUUCAUGCCCCACGACCAAAAAGAGUGCUGAGCUGCAAGUUAUGCGGUAAAGUAUUUAAUUUCAGCUCAGGCUUGAGCCAUCACUACAAAGUGGCACAUAACUUAAAAAAAUCACUUUCGAAAGUGAAAUCAGAAGAGUCCGUUCUAAUGCCUGAGGAGCUUAAAACAGAAAUAAUCGAUAUGAAAACGGAAAAAGUAGAGAAUGACGAAGAAUUUUGUAAUAUAAUUAAAAGUAAUGAGGAAAUUAGCCAAAAGGAAGAGGAGGCCAAGCGAGUAAUUGUGGAACUGAUACAAAAUGCAACAUAUACAUCAUUCUUUCCGGAAAACUUUAAUAGCUCUAUAGAUUCUGGUCCGCCAAUAGCACGCGAAGAAACAAUAUCAGCAGUAAACAGCAUUGUUAGUGAGGAAACCUCCUGAAUUUUAAUCUAUAUUCUAUUUAAGUGUGUUAUGUACUCGGUAUUAAUGUAAUAAUAAUUGUAGAAUUAUAAUUAACAAAA